AUGGAUCACCCAAGUUCUCGUAAGUUGAAAGUUAACUUGUUACAAGUUUCUGACCUGGAAGAUUUUAAAGAUGUCCUUAAAGAAAAGAUUCAGAUGUUAAAAAAUGUUGAACCAGAUGAUAUUGUGUUUUUAAACUAUGAUUAUUGUAACAUACUUAUUCUACCAAACACUCUUCUAAAACCUCUGGCAGACAAUAUAAUGGAUCUUAAAAUACAAAUCAAAAGAAAAAAGGUAUUCAGGAAUUGGACUUUAAAAGAAGUGGGCAGUGAGAUUUAUAAAAAUACUUUUAACUCUAUUGACUCAAUACAAAAAUUAAACUUAGAAGAAUUUUCUGAAUUAAAUUCAUCAUUUAAUAAAGAGAAGAUUGAAUACUUUAUUAAACAACUUAAAGACAAAGCAUUUGCAUUUAAUAAUAAAAUUAGCUCAAAUAAAGCCAUAUCUGAACUUGAUGGGUCUCAAGGUUAUGGCAAUUUGGACUAUAAAGUUGUUAUACAAGAUGUUCCAGUAUUGAUUAAUAAGGCCAAAAAACAAAAUAUUGAAAAGAGGGUUGCUCAAAAUUUGGCACAAAUAGAUAUAUUAAAAGAUCAAGAUGAACAAGAUAAUAACUGA